UUUUGCCAUCGUUACAUUUGUGGACGAGGCCGAUGCACCAGGAAUAAUUGCAUCAAACUGGGUAAUAAAUGAAAAUUUAUGUUCGUACCCUAAUGUACGUACAGAAGAAUUAAAAGACAAAUUGUUAAAAAGGAAAGCUGAACCCGAGGAUAAAUGGCCGCAGUAUAAAAUAAAAAUUCUAAAAUACUACGAAAAUUAUAGCGAAGCCCGUCUCCAUUUGAAAAAAGCAGAAGAAACUUCCAAUUUGGAUUCUGAUGAGGAAGUAAGAAAAAGAAAAAGGAGACUAAAAAAAAUAUCCCUGCCAGAAGACUCUAACUCAGAAGAUGAAUACCCCAUUAUGAAGAUGUCAAAAACCCAGCAAAUAUUAAAAAAAAAAAGAAAAUGAUUUAGUUAAAUAUCCAACUCCUCCUAAACCUAAAAUAAGUGCCAUGUUAGUAGCAGACACAAAUAAAAAUGCCAGUAAUUCCUCUAAAGAGAUGAAUUGUCAACACAACCCAGCUGUAGAAGGCCAUCUGUGUUCUAGUGGAGUUGAAGACCACGCAUAUGACAUUGUGCCUGAAGAAUUUAACAACUGUGCAGAAGUUAACAACCAUGGGGCAAUAGAUGGAAACUCUAUCAUUGUAUGUAGUCCCACUCAUACUCUAGCCUGCACAAAUAAUUUCUCGAACGGUAUCUCUGGCUGCUCCGUAAGCAAACAAUUUGGCAUGCAGCAGGCUCAUUUAAUCCAGGUCGUGACUGACUUGGCCAAACAAAUGUCUGAAUUGAAUAGAAAAGUUGACAUACUUUUAGGGACACAUACAGCAGAUAGCUUUAAUGCAUAUACACAAGAUAAUUUAGAAAUUUCUGAAUUAUUAGCUACUCUUCCAGUAAAGGAUGAUGCGAGUUUUUGUCAUUUCAAUGACCAGUUACAAAUAGUCCGGAACAAACAGGCAAUUGUAUCAUUUUUGGCUGGUAUUGGCGGUAGAAACAUUCGAAGUCUAACCACUAAUAUGUUGAAAAGAAUACUACAAGACGAAGUUGCCGAGCUAUAUUCCUUAACUGGAAAACAAAUGAAGAACUCCAAUAAAAAACCAUUUUUAAAGACAGAAACCUGUAAAAUAAUCUUUCAAAUCUGCAAGAAAGUUUACGAAGAUGCGACAGAAGAAAACCUGAAAGAAAUAAUUAGCGACUGGCUGAAUCAGGCUAAAGUUAGGACAACAAGAAGGGCAGAAAGACUAAACAGACAAGCAUAACCCUUAUAAAGGCAGAGGCGAUAUUUUAAACAUAGCUAAUAUGAGAAAAUGGAAGAAUCCUUCAGCAUUUUCAAUUGAGAAAACCAUUAUUAUAUAGUUGAUAUAUAUUGCUUUCGUACCUUAUACUUACUUUUUUCAUCAGUAUUUAAUUUUGGUGUUAAGAAAUCCACGGCAAUAAGUGGUCAAUUUAUGCACUACGCCUGUUAAGGAAGGUGAGUUAUCAUAUCACUGUUUUAAUAGAGAAUAUAUGUCAAAUCAAGUGUACUAAUAGGUAGAGUGCAUAUAUUUACCACGUGUUUUUUUUAAUUAUUUAGGUUUUUUUACUGUAGAUGUAUUCCCCAGUGUAUAACUGGGGUCUUAUUAAGGGAUAAAUAACGAGUCUGUGCAUUAAGUAACAAUACUGUAUGUUGGUACUCUUUAUAUAUUAUUAUUGCAUACUGACACCAGUCAGUUUAACCAAUAGUGCUUUAAUAGUUAUUUACGAUACAAGUGCAAAAAAUAGGAAAUUCGCAACGAGUGGUGAUAAAUUAAAAUACGACCGAAGGGAGUGUUUGAAAUCGACACUAGAUGCGAAUUACUGAUUCGCACGUGUAUCCGACCCAUAUGUACUGUAUAUGGGUCUUUAAAGUUUCGACAUAUGCACAGAAAGUGCUCAUUCCCGCACGCGUGCGGGAAAGUAGCACCAUAUGUACUGUAAAAUAAUAUGUUGUGUUCCAUACCUAAUAAAUACUGUAAUAAAAUCUUACACAAUUACCCAUGAAUAA